CAUUCUCUUCUCGGAUCCCAACUCGAUCUCCCCCCACUACGACUGUACGGCUACUCGUACUUCUCUCCUCCUCUCUUUCACACGCACUUGCCGAGUUUUGAAUCUGGAAACUAAUGGGUGCUUGCUUCUCCUCCGUGAGAGACGACUCUCGGUCUUCUCAGCCCACUGCCAAGAUCAUCUCCGUCAACGGUACCCUCCGCGAAUAUCCUGUUCCAGUCACUGUCUCCCAAGUCCUUGAGGCCGAGCGUUCAUCGUCUUCUUCUUCUUCUUCUUCCUCGUCUUCACCGUCCUUUGUCUGCAAUUCUGAUCGUUUGUAUUAUGAUGAUUACAUUCCAGUGUUGGAUCUGGACGAUCAACUUCAGGCCAACCAGAUCUACUUCGUGCUUCCCGCUUCUAAGCUUCGGCAGCGCCUAACCGCCUCCGAUAUGGCCGCCUUGGCCGUUAAAGCCAGCGUUGCUCUUCAGAAUGCGUCGAGCAAGGGUGGUCAUCGCCGCAACAAGGCCCGUAUAUCUCCGGUUCUUGUGGUGAAUCAGUCAACUUCCUUACAAAGUAACAAAGUUAAUUAUGGUUACCAUGGUAUGGAUGAUGGGUAUGCACCCAAAUGGCCAAAGAAAUCUCCCGGUGUAAAUGGGAAGCCGGGGGGUGUUGCAGCCGGUGGAUUAUCUCGAGCUGGGUCUGUGAGAAAGUUGCAGAGAUACACUUCUAAAAGGGCUAAGAUGGCGGUUCGAUCCUUUAGAAUCAGGUUGAGCACCAUUUACGAAGGCGAUGUUCUCUAGGUCUUUCUUCUCUCUGUAACUACGUCAGGCCAGAGAAAAUUUCUCUAUUUUUUUUUUUCUUUUCUUUUCUUUUUUGUGACAUACUCUCCCUAUGUAAAAAGAGGAUGGGAUUGAGUGUGUAGUUUUUGUAGCUUGAUUCACCACCCCUCUGAAUCAUUCAUCUUGAUAUGGGGAUUUUUCCUGUGAAAAUUUUCAUGCUU